ACCGCCAUGUUAGAAAUACUUUUACCUAACGGAUUAUGGUUAUAUACAAAUUUUCAGAUGACUAUAAUUAUUAAAACUCCAAAAAAUCCCAAUACUUCAGUGUCGGUUUUAGACUGGACAUCCUGUAUAGUUUUUUCGGUUCACUUUAUAGAUUUGAUCUUGAUUGAAAAAUAUUAUAUGGGAGAACUUAAAACAGUUAAUGGAGGAUAAGAGGGGCCAAUAAGGGCGUAAAUAAAGCAAAAAUUGUACAAUUUGUUUAUUGCUAAACUAAAUCAAAGCCGCCACUGGUGAAAAAUCUGGGGUUUUUGUGGAAAUCUGGUGCGAAAUCUGUCAAACGUGUAAAGGCACCAUGGGUGUGCCCUAAUCCAAUUUCACUUAAAAACUAAUCAACCAAACGAUGAUUUCGCUAGAAAAGUGCAUAAUUAGCCCUUAGUUGUGUAUUCCUACCGUUCUAUAGUGCAAUUAUCUUGAAUUAAUCGUCCAAACGUGGUAACAAGCCACGCCAUAUCAGUGAAAAUGCCGUCGUUGCGUAAACGCGUGUCGAGUUAUUUCCGCCAGUUGAGCUUCCACAACGAGCCCCGCGACAAACGGCACAACAUCAACGAAAACUCCUUUGUGACGAAAUACCUCCAGGGUCAUGUGACGUUGCGCGAGGGCCCCCCGAUUAUCUACGGGAAAAAUCCGACCGAUUUGCCCAACUACGAGCUGGGGGAGUACGAGACAGGCCCCUCGUCCGUGGUGGGGUGCUACACGGGCCCCAAAGGGGGGCUCACGACGGUGAAGCGCGCGGAGAAGCACCUGUCGGUGCCCGACCCCGACAUUGACUUUAUCGACACGGCGGAGGAAAUUCUUGCAGUCGCGCCCCCUGUGAAAAAGUCGCCGAAACGGCCCGUCGAUAACACGACGAUGGUCAUCAAGGUGGCUGGGCAAGAGUAUUGUGUUACCAACCGUACAAAAAAAAGACACAAUAAAAGUCACAGUUUAGGGAGUAUCUCCGAUUUUAAUCUGGAGAUUGAAACGACGCGAAUUGAUAAAGAGUUUUACAAUAAUAAUAACGCUGAUGAAGUUAAGUGUAAAGUUGGCAGUAUUGAUGAUAGUGGGGGGGUUGUUGGUGGCGAUAAGAGCGAAAAUUUUGGUUUAGCCAAGUCCAAGUCGGAGGGAAAUCCGUUCCAUCACAAAAAACGAGGGAAAAUUAUCAAAGUGGCCCAAAGGGCCGACUCCAGGGGUGGGGACGCCCCUGGCGACGCCUCCUCCUACGCCACUCCCCCCGAUGACUCCGCCCUCCCCUCGGAAUGGACGCAAAAGUCGGACCUUGUCUUCGGCAUUUCGGACUCACUCUACGACCGAAAUCAAGUCACCGACAAUAAAAACGGUGACCCGAUUGCCGAUUGUUUCGGGAUUAUUGCUCGUGAGAAUUCGGCAAUUCUCGCCGUUGCUGAUGGAGUCAACUGGGGGGAAAAAGCGUGCAUUGCGGCAAAGUCGGCUGUUCAUGGCAGUCUACAUUAUUUGAACAAAACCAUUUUUAAUGAUACGAAACCGUUCGAACGCCUUACGAUCAAACCCGAAGAGACGUCGGAUGCGUCCGCUGCCUGUACACGAGUCGGAAACACACGAGAGAUUUUCGUUUGUUUGCUGCGGGCGUUCAGUUGCGCCCACGAUCUCAUUUUGGAAAACAAAGGUAUGUUGACAACCCUGACGGUGGCCGUUGUGGUACCGCUGAAACGUCGCGACAGCACGCAACGUUACGUCUGUUGCGUGUGCAACGUUGGCGAUACGCUAGCUUACGUCUAUUCACAACGUUACGGAUUGCGUGAAUUGACCAAAGGCUCGCAUGAUAUUAACUGUAACCGCGAUAUGAGGGACGCUUUAGGGGCUUUGGGACCCGUCGAUGGGAUUAAUCCUGAAUUGAGCAACCUGACCUUGAGCAUUACAACCUUGAAUAAAGGGGAUUUGGUCAUGGUUGCCAGUGACGGACUCACAGAUAACUUCGAUCCGAAUGUGUGUCGGUUCACUGUAAACAGUCGCUUGGGAGAGGCGGGGAAAGUGGGGCGGAGCGAACCGCCCGUCAAACCGCCCCGACGGUCAGUCCCGCCCCGGAGGCCGCCGGCCCAAGUCACCGACAACAAAACCAGCAGUUUGCGCAAACAAAUCUCUAGUCAAAAUAAAGAAGGACAGAAGUUUUCCCGCUCCAAAACGACAAUCGAAGUCCGGCCAGGGGGCGGGGUUAGACAUCACGUGGCCCGGAACGAGGAGGGGAUUCCCUACGUCACGCCCCUUCAACGUUACGAGCUCCAAUUGCUAUUGAUCGAGGACGUGUUACGUCACGGGAUUAGUGGAAGGGAUGACCCGUGCACCACUGCCAGAAAACUAUGCGAAAGUUUGGUUAGUUUCACAUUUAGUAUAACUUCAGCCAAACGACACACACUCGAAGACCAGGAUUUGUACUUCGAUAAUCAAAACGGCGUCCUUGUUGAAGUCUCGCAACAGGAGAAGAAAAUCCGGAGGAAAAAAGGAUUGGAAAAAGUCCAGAAUUUGCCAGGGAAAUUGGACCACGUGACAGUCGUCGCGUGGAACGUCGGUAACUUCACUCAAACGUGCAAUUAAUCUUUGCGCGAUCCCGCGCCUCCCCUCCGACGCCAUCUUGACUUCAUCCCCACCCACGUCACGCUCCAACCCCUUCCACGUCCUAUUGGCCAGGAAACCGGCGCCAUGAUUGGUGUUGAGAGCCACAGUCCCCGCCUCUUUUGACACAAGCUCCGCCCCUUGGAUAGUGGACGUGCCCCGGAUACGCCCCGUAAGUAGACUGACAUCGUUAGGGUCACUCGUGACGUCGUUGAGUGGCCUUGUGAUGACGUCAUUGUAGUCGUAAGUGAAUUCAAGGCCUUCGGGGGCCGGAUUAAGGGCCAUUUCCACGUCGUAAAUCGUAACAAUGGGCUUGUAGUAGUCACGACUGUCGUAAAUUUCGUUCAAGGCGCACGUUACGACCACGUAAAUGUCAAUCUAAAGAAGGGGAAUUAUUUGCGAAUUGAUAUUUGGGUGAUUACCUCUGGAAAAUUCGCAAGUUUUGCGACUGUCGGUUUGCCAACACUGACUAAAUAGUAUUUCUUACUGUGCAAAGUUAGGAGUUUUUUGAGCCGUUCUAUGGCUUUUAAAUAGUUACUAACCCCCAACGUUCCUAUAACUAUACCAACAGUAUUGCUAUCUUUAAUUUUUUCAACUAGAAAAUACCUUCGUCUUAAGACUUUUUCGUCGAGAGUGUAAUUAAUCAAACUCGGGGCUUUGUCAUUGAAAUAAUACAGCGUUUUCGCUGGAAUUCACAAAUUAUUUUUGUUUACUCUCUGAUGAACUACUCACGUUUAUGCGAAAAUUUGAGGUUAGGUAACUUGCGAUGGUGAUUACGGCCCCCGAUAAACACAACUGUGUCAUUUUCUAUCGUCAAAUUGUCGGAAUUUAUAGUUUUGAUCGUGUGGUCGGGGAAUUUGGCCACAAUUUUGUCUAAAAUUACGUUUUUUGUUGACCAAAAUUUUUGACAUAACCUCACUUUUACCUGUCAAAUGAAUAAAGGAAGUGUCCAAUAAAAUAACAAUUUUCUCGUUCAGUGGCACCAAACAUUGCUCAAGUGCCCCCAAAUCAAGUUCGUCCUUCUCGUAAAUGUUCAAAUAGGGGAUAUUUGCCGACGUCUUUGAGAAACAAACAGGUCCAAAGUGGAUAAUAGCAUCUGCGUUAAUAUGACCCGCGGCCACGUAAUCGAUGCAACAGCUGCAAAAACGGGUCAUAAGGGGGCUCCUAACGUCGGCCAAAUUACCUUUCAUACGCCGUGUCCGCUAGAAUGUAGACAGUCCGUCCGACUUGUUUUCCUAACCUCAAAGCGACUUCCGACGAGUCUUGCAAGAGAUGGUCGGGGAAUUGCAAACAAACCUGUCCCAAAAAUUAAAAACAGUCAAAAAACCGGGUAAUUACCUUUUGAAAAUCGUUGGCUUUGAUCCAUCCGGCACACCGCUGUAGUUCGUAUACCUCGUCAAUUAGUUCGAAUUUGGUCGCCGGAUUUAACACAGUUUCUACUUGUUUUUCGAGACUGACCGCUUCGUUUGUGGAAAACUGCGACAUUUUUCGCCGAUUUCCACCAACAUGUGCCUACGUGACUUCGCACACGACGGUGCUCCCUUUCAAAA